AAGCACGAGCGUGCUUGUAUUGACUUCAAGGCUACCAGGGAAACUUGCUUGUUGUUGCAGGCGGUGAGAGUCGUCAGAACGUCAGUUAGCAGUAAAGCCAAGGUUUAACGUUAAUUUCAUAAUGGCACACUACAGAGCUUCAGAGUCCAAACGAGAGCAGUUUCGGAGAUACCUGGAGAAGGCUGGUGUCCUUGACAGCCUCACCAGUGUGCUGGUGGCAUUGUAUGAAGAGACGGAGAAACCCAACAAUGCACUUGAUUUCCUCAAGCAGCACUUGGGUGUGGCUGGCCAGGAGUCUGCAGACACUGAGGCACUCCAGCAGGAGCUAAGAGACAUGAGGCAGAGGUGUGAGCUGCUGGCCGAGGAGAACAAAGACCUCAAGAACAGGCUUCAACGCUAUGAGCCUACGCAAGAGGAUGGAGCUGCCGAAUAAAAAGUGACUCUGCUUUAUUGAAGUCAGUUUGUUAGAAACUACGAUUUUUAUGGCAAGCCAAAACCAACAACGGGAGGCAAGAGAGUUUAUGCACCUCUGUUCUUUUUUAUUUUCUUUAUACUCUGUUUAAAUAUUUAACUUAUUUUGUAUAUUUGAUAUAUUGAAAUAUAAUAGCUUUUGUCCCUUUAUGAUUGUCUCCUCCCUCUCAUAAAAGCAAACCCCCCUUUUCUGCUUUCAGUGUACUUCAGCCUACUGCAUACCAAUGCUUUGUCUCUAGUAAACAAACGGUAACA